AUGGACGAGCAGGUAGCAAAUGGGCACACGUCUGAAAUGCUGGAAGAGAUGAUCAAGGCUACUCACCACCUGGAUGAUAUUCUUCAACGACUUUGUGACGCCAAUAUUUCAUCAAAUGAGCAGACAAACGGUCUAGACAAUGCCAGUGAAACAAGCGAGGAAGGUGAUGUCCAAUUUACCGACUGCAGCGAAAAUUUCAACAGUGACGACAUUCCAGUGACAUCGACAUCAUACUUUGAGAGCAUCAGGAAAGCGUUUCAUGGUGCUGGUGGAAAAACAUUGAAAAUCGCAAAUUCGACUGAAAGCACGAAAAGCUUAUUUGAGUCUUUAGUCGGAGAUUUGUUGAUUCGAUUUGCUACAUGUACGCGAGAAACGUCGUUUGUGUUCAAUUCUCAGCCACUCACAAUUCGUGGCGAUGACGUUGAGACAUCUUCACCACUAGAGUCAAAUUUAUCGUUCAGUGAGUUCGUUUCUCGCUUGAAGCAGCAAAUCAUUACGUGCGAUCAUAUUGUACCUACGGAACGCGCGAAUGAAGCUUCGCAGUUGGCGUUUCUGCUAUUAGAAAUGCAACAGCGACGUCUGCUGGGUGCAAUUAGCAAUCACUUUCCAUAUCAACGAGAUUCAGUUUAUUGGGUACAGAGUUAUCGUGUGUGUGAGGUUGUUGUUCAAGAAACUGAACAGAAUCACCAGUGGGGACUGCAGAUAAAGCUAAAUGUGACGUCACAUCUUCAAGCGCGAGUUGAUGAAAAGUUUACGCAAGGAAAUGAUAAUGAAAUAUCUGUCGAAAGCGAUCCACAACUCUCUUCUUGUACGCAUUGUCAGGUAUUUCUUCCGAAAACAUGUUAUUUAGGCACUUUCAGCAGGAAUGCAGCCUUUCAAACGUCAAUAGCUGUUGAGCUCGAAUUAUACGAUCCAAAGGCGGGUGAUUCACGCUCUAACGAGUCAAAAAAGCAUAGAGAUUGUGAAAACCGAAUGAAAUGUAGUAAAGCUGCGGACGAUAAUGCAUUAAGCCCGAUGGAAAUGCCAGAGAUGAUCGAAGUAUCAAUGUGGGGAUCACUUCAUGAAAAUCCUAUCUUAAACAAUCCAAGCAUAAACCCACCGGUGUCAAAAUCGAGGUUUUUUCAACGGGUCGACUUCAAAUCGCCAUUUCCAAGGAAUCGAAUUGUACAAGCUGCUUGCGGCCGCUUUCAUACCCUUUUUCUCAACGAUACAGGGCUACUUUUUGCUUACGGACACACAGUAGAUGGAGCGCUGGGUCUUGGAAAUAAUUCAGUAGAUUUUGUUGCUCAACCUACUCUGGUUGAUUUCUUUCUCAAAAAUUUAAUUAUUAUUCAAAGUGUUUCUUGUGGUGGAGAUCAACUCGCUGGAGCACAUUCUGCAGCUGUCAGUCAGAAAGGAGAACUUUACACAUGGGGAGUGGGAAUUACUUUAGGAAAUGGGACGCUUAGAAGUGCUUCGACGCCUCAGAAAAUAAACCUACCUUCGGUCGAAAGAAGAGCAGAUCCCGCUGAUGUAGCGAAACCAGUCACCAUGGCAGCCUCUGUCUCCUGUGGAAGCGGUUUUUGUGUCGCUUUGACACGUGACGGAUACGCUUUUUCGUGGGGAAAGUGGAGCAACGGUCGUCUUGGACUUGGUAGGAUACCAGUCAUUGCUCGAACUUCUCGACGACAUGGAGGUGGAGCCAUUCGAAAGCAGUUUCAGUCAUUUCAAUUGACUCCAAAAUUGAUUAAAAAUGUACACUCUGCUCAAGGAGAUUCAAAAACACUUAUACAGCCAUUGUUUUCAAGAAUCGCUUGUGGUGAUGGCCACUGCAUUGGUCUUACAAGAAGUGGUGCGCUUGUAACAUGGGGCAGAGGAAAUAGUGGCCAACAAGGCCGAGGUCUUGUUUGUGAUGCUCUUACUCCUACGCUUGUGCUUGGGGAUCGUUCGCAAAUGCGAUGGCGUGAUGUUGCCGCUGGUGAGAAUUGGAGUAUGGCCCUUUCCAUUAAUGGACAGAUUUGGUCGUGGGGUGCGUGCGGUGGCGCUGUGCUCGGGCGCGGUUUAUACGGCAGCCAAAAAAAUGCUCUUCUAGUUGAAAAGAUACUGCAGCGCCAGCAAGGGCUUCUAUCGAAGUCUAGACAAUCAGCUUUAGCGUCCUCAUCAUGCCCGAGAUUCCCUCAACUCGGGUGGAUGACGCCACAAAUGAUACCAUGUUUUACUUCAUCCGAUUGUUGUAUUUGUCGAAUUAGUGCAGGAGGUCAACACGCAGCAGCUAUUUCGUCCACUGGGGAUCUGUACAUGUGGGGUGAGAAUUAUUUAGACAACACUGAUGUGACCGGUCUCGUUCUUUCCAGCAUACCGACGCUUGUAAACUCUGGACAGCAAGUAAGAGAGGAAGAAAUGAAUAUUGAAAAUGUGAUGGACAUCGGAACCCACAGUGUUGAAGACGUGGUGUGUGGCGGUCACCAGACAAUUGUCUUGACUUCAAACAGUUUUCUUGCUCGAUCCCUGACGAAAUUGUAUCGCCAUAUCCUCGCACUGGAAAAACAUUUUGAUCAUACCCGUAUCACUGGUGUCGAUCUCAUUUUAAUAGUUUCAGGCCAGCGUCUUCUAGCUCACAAGGUGCUGCUCGCUCAGCGAAGCCCUGUAUUGCGUAAGCUUAUCCUCGACGAGGAGCAACAGUACGGAAGUCAACGCACGGCGAGUGAUGGUGAUGAUAUAAUGGAGCUUUUACUACCAACGCUUCGAGUGGAUGUGGCUCGACCAUUGCUGGAAUAUAUCUAUACGGACGACUUUAAAAUAGAAGCGAGCAAGAAGUCGUACUACUUGCUGCACGACGUGCUACGAGCUUCGAAACUAUACAAGCUUCCUAGUCUAGCUCUGCUUUGUCGCCAGCGAAUAUUGUCGACGUCUCCAUCCUCCCUUUCCGGUACUUCAGUUUCUUCUCCUGGUGUGAGCAAUGAAGGCAAUCUGAGUGAUACAAACAGCGAAGAAGAUGGCGAAACGACUGACCAAUAUGGUAAUACUGAGGUCACUCGUACGCUCAAUGACGAUAUGAAGUUCGCUCUAAGUGACCCGAUUUUAGCUGAUACGAUACUUAUAGCAGAAGAACGCAGUAUUCUUGUGCACCGUUACAUGCUGAUUGCCCGAAGUGAAUAUUUUCGCGCCGUGCUUGAAUUUCGUCGUUCCACAGCGCAGAAGGUGCAAAUUAUGCAUGCUGAGAAGAAAAUGGCAGUCGUCCAUGUAGAAGACUCGUAUGCUAGUAUUGUGCGAGUUCUUCGCUUCAUUUACUUCGAUCAAGUUACUCUACCGAAGCUCAAACAAAAAGACGCUGAUGCUGUAAGCAUUUCAUUAAAGAUUCAUGAUGAGUGUGACAGCGAAGCCGAUGUGAACGAUCAACUCUUGGAAGAUCUUGUAGCUGCGGACAAGUACGGAUUGGAGCGAAUGAAGCGACUAUGCGAACAUGCGAUACGUGUCAAUUCAAAGAAUUGCCUUGAAGUGCUAGCAGUAGCCGAAUUAGUACAUGCCGCACACCUGAAGCAAGUCGCGAUGCGAUUUGUGCAGAAUAAUCUUGCAGAUUUUAUACUUCGACAAGACGAGUUUCAACGAUUUCGAAAAGACUUCCCUCAAUUGCUUGAGGAAUUAUAUGCCACUCUGCGCGAUGCAAGUCGAGACGAAUUUCUCCUGCAAAAAUGGCAUGCGGACGUAGUCAAAAUUUUGGCUGCUCAACGCGAGGAAAAAGAAGUGCAAUGCGUAAAAGCGUCGGAUACUGUAAAAAUUCCAUGGCUUUCACUGUGCUUAGCUAUAGCGUUUGGCACUUCCUACUUGUCUGUCAUGCAUGCUCAAGAGUACGAAUAUUCAUCGGUUCCUGCUACCAACUUGGUGGCAAUUGUCACUCUUGUUGGCGCUAUCGUGAUGGGAUACAUAUGA